UGGUGCUCGUCAGAAUAGGGACCUGUCAUUCAGCGCUGCAGGAAUAUUUCCAAAACAUGACUGACCACACAAUUUUGCACAGCGGUUAUCACCAUGCAACUCUUCGUUCGUGGCAAUCGAUUGGCACUGAGAUUACAGCUGACAACCUAAUGUUUCCAAUUUUCAUAACAGAUACCCCUGAUGCUGUUGAAGAGAUCUCCAGUCUCCCUGGGCAAGCACGCUAUGGUGUCAACUCUGUCAUAGAUGCCCUUCGACCUGCUGUCAACAAUGGCCUUACCUCUGUCUUAUUAUUUGGUGUCCCUUCAAAACUUCCAAAGGAUGCUAAAGGUUCUCACGCUGAUAGCCCAGAAACUCCAGUCAUACAAGUCAUUCCAAAAUUGCGAGUAGCUUUUCCAAAACUCCUGAUUGCGUGCGACGUCUGCCUAUGUCCAUAUACAGACCAUGGGCAUUGUGGGUACCUUUUAGAGGAUGGAACAAUCGACAAUGAACCUAGUAUUGCACGACUUGCAGAAAUAGCACUAGCAUAUGCAAAAGCAGGGGCUGAUAUAGUGGCUCCCUCUGACAUGAUGGAUGGAAGGGUCGGUGCAAUAAAGAAGGCAUUGGUGUCUCAUGGAAUUGGCCACAAGGUGUCUCUGCUAGCCUACAGUGCGAAAUUUGCUUCCGGAUUUUAUGGGCCAUUCAGGUAUAGUUUCUCUGCCUGGGCACUGAAUUUCUAUAUCAUUAAUGUGAUCAUGAAUCUGGGUGUUUGA